AUUGUCCACGCAAAAACCAAUCUAUCCCCAUCCUCUUGAAGCCUCCCAAUAAGCAGCACCGUCGCCUCUCUUCCUUAUCUUCCUCAAACUAAACAAACAAAUGUACUUUCUAAACUAAUUCAGUUUCAUCAAACAAAUUUCAACCCACUUCUCUUUCUCUCUGAUGGCUUCCCUCACCAUCUCAAACCUCUCUCUCCCAUCUUCACUCCCCAUCCAAACUCCUCGCACCCCAUCUCCUUCCUCCCUUUCCAUUCUCUCAAAAUCAUCACAUUCUCAAUUUUAUGGACUCAAUCUCUCUUAUUCUUCCACUGUGCCCAUCCCAUCUUCCACUUCACACAAGACUUCCAUUUUUGCUAAGGUUAACAAAGGUCAGGCGCCACCAGCAUUCACAUUGAAAGAUCAGGAUGGAAAGAAUGUGAGCCUCUCCAAAUUUAAGGGGAAGCCUGUGGUUGUCUAUUUUUACCCUGCUGAUGAGACCCCCGGCUGCACCAAACAGGCAUGUGCUUUCAGGGAUUCAUAUGAGAAAUUUAAGAAAGCCGGAGCUCAGGUUGUUGGGAUAAGUGGUGAUGAUCCAUCAUCACACAAGGCAUUUGCAAAGAAAUACAGACUUCCUUUUACAUUGCUGAGUGACGAGGGCAACAAGGUGCGAAAAGACUGGGGAGUGCCUGCAGAUCUGUUUGGAACAUUGCCUGGGAGACAGACUUACGUUCUUGACAAGAAUGGGGUCGUUCAGCUCAUCUACAACAACCAGUUCCAACCUGAAAAGCACAUUGAUGAGACCUUGAAGCUUCUUCAAAGCCUUUGAAACUCUAAAUUUGGAAUAGUGUCUUGUUUUUCUUCUUGUUACCCUUGUAUAUUUUUCUCUUGGAGUUAUGCAAGUAUUUAUUCAUGUAUGAUUUAAAAUUCUCUGUAAUUACCUUAGCUGUAAAAAAAGGGGUUCGACCGCAAUUUCGCAAGGAAAUCAAACUUCUUCGACA